UACACAAACCCGUUCGGGAGUAAUUAAUUUCCGAAAAGAAUUUUAUUCGAUUAAAUACUGGCAUGGCUGCCUCCGUGUUCGAAGCAAGAAGCCAAGCUGUUACGGUUCGGAAUUUCGAAAAUUAAUUUCUCUGAUAUUACGUGUGGGAUUUAGCUUUAAAGAGAAAUAAAUACAUAACAUGUCUGACGACGGAGCCGCUGUACCAGCCAAGAGAGGACGCAAGGCCGCAGCAGAAAAAGUCGAGAAGGCAGAACCAAAAAAGAGAACUAAGAAGGAGGUAGCCAAGGAAGAGGAUGAAGGUGCGUCUCCGGCGAAAAGAGGACGUGGAAGGCCAAAGGGAACGAUAAAGAAGAAGGCAGCACCUGCCAAGAAACCAGCGGGAAAGACCACAGGACGACGAGGUAGACCAAAGGCUGAAAAGGAAGAACCCAAAUCGUCGGAAGAAGACGGCGAAGAGAAUGAUGACGACGGUGAAGGUGAAGACGAUUAAACUAAUAAUGUCAACAAAUCCAAUAUUUUUUUUAUUAAGAAAAAAACUAUGAGCGUUAGUUAAUAAGUUUGUUUUCCUUACGUAAUUGACUGAAAUCGUGUGGAAAUGUCUACACAUUUUUCAGCACCUUUUGAAGUGUAGAAAAUGUUUUAAUUUCAGUUUUAAAAUAGAUGGGUCAUCGUAAAAGGAGCAAAACCCUCACAAUAAAUACGGUUCAAAACUGUUUUAUUAUGAUCUACAUCUUUUAAAACGUCACAUAAUUUAGAAUUAAGUUUGUUAUAAUAAUAGAAAGACUUACGUAAAGUUUCAUAUUAUAUAAAAAAAAAAGAUAAUUUCCUGUGUUCUGUGGUUAGUCUCGAAACUUUAGGUUCAUUUGGUAAUAAAUAAGUUCUUAUCUAAA